AUGAGUGCCAGUGACGACAAGCCGGUAUCCCCCGCUCCUGAGGCCGCCGCCGCUGCCACUUCUGCCGACAAGAAGCCGGAGGACCCCAGCGACUUGUUGAAGGACUUGAGCAUUGCCUCUGACGCCAACGCCGCCAAGCCCAGUGAUGAAAAGACCGCCGACAAGCCCGCCGACGACAAGGUCGAUGCGGCCAAACUGGACUCCACUGAAACCAAGGAAGACGCUAAGCCUAAGGCGACUGAAGACUCGUCGCUUAUUCGCCUGGAAUAUGAAGUUAAGGUGAAGCUCGCUGAUUUACAAGCCGACCCCAAUUCGCCGCUUUACUCGGUCAAACUGUUUGAAGAAUUGGGUUUAUCCGACGAGUUACUCAAAGGGUUAUACGCAAUGAAGUUCUCCAAGCCGCUGAAGAUCCAGGAAAAGGCGUUGCCGCUCCUUAUUAGAGACCCGCCGCAAAACAUGAUCGGUCAAUCCCAGCUGGGUACCGGUAAGACGGCGGCGUUCUCGCUCACGAUGUUGACCCGUGUCGACCCGCUGAAGAACUACCCGCAAGCGAUCUGUCUUUCGCCCUCGCGUGAAUUGGCCCGUCAGACUUACGACGUGGUGACGACAAUGGGUAAGUAUACCGACACCAAAGUGCAGCUUGUGGUGCCUCAACUGGUGCCCCGAGGCGAGAAUGUGCGUUCGCAAAUCGUCGUCGGUACUCCGGGGCUUGUCGCCGACUUGAUUCAGAGACGUUACCUCGACACUAAACACGUUAAGGUGUUUGUCCUUGAUGAAGCCGACAACAUGCUCGAAGGCCAAGGUGGGCUUGGCGACCAGCUGAUCAAGAUCAAGCGCAAGAUGCCCAAAGACUGUCAGAUUGUCCUCUUCUCGGCGACGUUCCCCGACAAAGUGCGCAAAUUUGCUUCGGCCCAGGCCCCCAACGCCAACGAGUUGACCUUACAACAAAACGAGCUCAACGUCAAGGAGAUUAAGCAGUUGUGGAUGAAGUGUGAGAAGAACGUUAAGGGUAAGACCAAGUACGACGUGUUGGUGGAGUUGUACGGGCUUUUGACCAUCGGGUCGCUGAUCGUGUUUGUUGAGAUGAAAGAAACCGCCGACUUGGUGUUCGCCAAGUUGCGCAACGACGGUCACGCGUGUCUGAUCUUGCACUCAAAUCUUGAGCACCUGGAGCGUGAUCGUUUGAUUGACGAAUUCAGAGAUGGCAAGACAAAGGUGUUGAUUACCACUAACGUUUUGGCUCGUGGUAUCGAUAUCCCUACGGUGACGAUGGUGGUGAACUACGACAUGCCCACCGUCAGGGGUGACGGGCGUACCGCCGACACGCUGACGUACUUGCACCGUGUCGGUCGUACCGGUCGUUUUGGCCGCUUGGGCGUGUCGAUCUCGCUUGUUGACAACGCUAACAGUGAGAACGCAUUGCACCAAAUUGAAAAGGACUUGGAUAUCACCAUGACCCAAUUGCCCAACGACGACUGGGACGAGAUCGAAACCAUCUGUAAGGCCGCCAUCAAGGGGAAGUGA